GUGUGUGUGUGUGUGUGUGUGUGUGUGUGUGUGUGAGAAAGAGAGAGAGAGACGAGAGAGACGAGCAUUUAUGGCAUUGUGCCCUAUUUAGAGUGUACCGGGAUCAAAGGACAUUGGGAAAAGUGCAGUGUAUCCAACAGAAAGGGGAUGGGGACGAUGAGGGGGAACCUUCCACCAGGGUCAUAUGAGGAAUCGGUUGAAGGAAUAGGGCAUGUUUCGUUUGGAGCAGAGAAGACUUAGAAAAAAGGACAUGAAAGGGCUGACAUAAUUUGUGACCUGAAAGGAGAAACAAACGCAGGACUAAGGUGUGAAAGUCAGAGGGAGGGACGUCUCCGCUCCGUAUAAGGCAGAACUGCACAACAGACAAUUAACUGGGCAACCGGGGAAUACCUCGCAUUCACUGGAGGUAUUCGAACAAAGGCAGCGUCUGUCUGGGGGCGGCAGGCUUCUGACAUCCUUUAAAGCAGAGAGGGGUUCUUAACGUUCUUUUGUGUCUUAGACCCCUUGGCAGUCUGGUGAAAAAGCCCACGGUCCCCUUCUCAGAACAAUGUUUCUAAAUGCAUAAAAUAGCUAAGAUUACAAACGAAACCAAUUCCAUUGAAAUAGUCAUCAAAAUGGGGGAGGGAGUUCCUGGGGUCCCAGGUUAAGAUUCAGAUCCCGAACAAAAGGUUCAGACCCCUUUCCCUACUGAUGAGGGAAGGGGGCGGGGGUCUCCUUUGCAAAGUGGCUAUAUGUAAGAUCGUAGUGGGUGUCAUGAACCGGCGGGAAACUCGAGCCUGGGCGUCAGGAGAUCUGGGUUCUAGUCCUCCACUCUGCCAGGAACUUGUCAUAUGAAUUAGCAUAAUUCCUCAGAAUCCUAGAUUUAGAACUGAAAGGGAUCCUUAGAUUGUCAUCAUCUGGACACCAGCGCCUUAGAUUUACAGAGGAGAGAAACUGAGGCCCACAGGGAAAAAGACUGCCUAGGUCACACGGGGUGGAAGACAGGAACCCAGGUAUUGAGUCCCCAGGAUAACCUUAUUUGACCCUUUGUAAAAGAGGAGUUGAGUUAGAUGGUCUCCAAAGACUCUUCCAGUUUAUUUAAACUAUGCCUCUGGAGCUCGUGGAGAAGGAAGGAAAAGAUGUGGAAAGAGGGAGAAGACCCUUCCGUAGACAGCUCCUCGGCGGCCCCUUUAAAGCGCGCCCCCGCCUCCGCCUUCCCUCCCUCUUAUGUAAAUGAAGCAGCAGCGCGGGACGAGAGCGCGCGCCUCAGGCCCAGGCACGGAGUUGGAGUGGUUUGUCCCCUCCCGGCCGCCGUUGCCGCCGACAUAUUGUCCGCAAGAGCGGCGGCGGCGGCGGCGGCGGCGGCGGCAGCGGCAGCGGCGAGGGGAGCGCCGGGGGAGGAGAUGGGAGGACGGAGAGGCCCCAACAGGACGUCCUACUGCCGAAACCCACUCUGUGAGACGGGUCCGAGCGGCGGGCCCGGACACGCCUCCAGUUCUUCGGUCACGGGCGUCCGAUCCAGGGCUAGGAGCAGCUCAGGCACAGGCCUCUCUAGUCCUCCUCUGGCUACACAGACAGUGAUCCCCCUGCGCCACUGCAAAAUCCCCGAGCUGCCUGUCCAGCCCAGCAUCCUGUUUGAACUGCAGCUCUUCUUCUGCCACCUUGUGGCUCUUUUCGUCCACUACAUCAACAUCUACAAGACUGUCUGGUGGUACCCCCCUUCUCAUCCACCAUCACAUACCUCCCUGAAUUUCCAUCUGAUCGACUUCAACGUGCUGGCCGUCACCACCUUGGUCCUGGGUCGGCGUCUCAUCGGGGCCAUUGUGAAGGAGGCUUCUCAGAGCAGCAAGGUCUCCCUCCCACGCUCCGUCUUCUUGGUCAUCACACGCUUUGCUGUCCUCACCGGGACAGGGUGGAGCCUGUGCCGUUCCAUCAUCCAUCUCUUCAGGACUUACUCCUUCCUUAACCUCUUGUUCCUCUGCUACCCGUUUGGAAUGUACAUCCCAUUCCUGCAGCUGAACUAUGACUUCCGGAAAACAAGCCUUUUCACCCAGGUGGCCAACAUUGGUCCUCGGGAGGCAGGUGGCAGUGGGGGCAGCCCUCCUUCACGGGGCCGGGACUACCUAACGGUUCUGAAGGAGACGUGGAAGCAGCACACGCAGCAGCUGUACGGCACCGAGGCCAUGCCCACCCAUGCCUGCUGCCUCUCCCCUGACCUCAUCCGCAAUGAGGUGGAGUUCCUCAAGAUGGACUUCAACUGGCGCAUGAAGGAAGUGCUGGUUAGCUCCAUGCUCAGUGCCUACUACGUGGCCUUUGUGCCAGUGUGGUUUGUGAAGAAUACCCAUUAUUACGACAAGCGCUGGUCCUGUGAGCUCUUCCUGCUGGUGUCCAUCAGCACCUCUGUGAUCCUCACCCAGCACCUCCUGCCUGCACACUACUGCGACUUGCUCCACAAAGCCGCUGCCCACUUGGGCUGCUGGCAAAAAGUGGACCCUGCCCUCUGUUCCAACGUGCUUCAGCAUCAGUGGACAGAGGAGUGCAUGUGGCCGCAGGGUGUGCUGGUGAAACACAGCAAAAAUGUCUACAAAGCCAUUGGCCACUACAAUGUGGCGGUGCCUUCGGACGUCUCCCACUUCCGCUUCCACUUUUUUUUUAGCAAACCGCUGAGGAUCCUGAACAUCCUUCUCCUGCUGGAGGGAGCCAUCAUCUUCUACCAGCUGUACUCACUGGUCUCCUCAGAGAAGUGGCACCAGACCAUCUCUCUGGCCCUCAUCCUUUUCAGCAACUACUACGCCCUCUUCAGGCUGCUGCGGGACCGGCUGGUGCUGGGCAAGGCCUACUCCUAUUCAGCCGGCCAUCGCCAGCCCGCACACAAGUUCAGCUGAAUAGGGGCUGGCUGAUGGGGCCGCUUCAGGAGGAGGGGGGGGGGGCUGGGGGGCGCGGGGAGGGAAGAAAAAACAACCCAAAAAACACAAAAAACCCAGAGCUCUGUAUUUUUGUUACGACUGCUUCUUUCUUUGAUAACUGGUGUAAUUAAAAGGGGAAAAGAAAUGACCUAUUUUUGUACUCCCAA